AUGAUGUCUGCUACCCUGAUCGCCCGGCCCAUGAUAAUGCCCAACCAAAAAGAGAGCUUGUGUGAGUGGAUAUACACAUGUACCAAAAACCAUUCCCGUACAUUACAGUACAGUGAUCUUCGUUGCAGUUUGUUUCCGUGUACGCCCUCACCCUCACGGCUGGGAAUAAGGGGAGACCCUUUAUGUGGCGAUAAAAACAAGGCAGACAAAGAAACGGGUAGGCAAAAAAGGACCCUUCAUACAUUACACCUACGUAGAGGAGAGAAAUAUCUCCGGAGUAGGGAAGAAGAGUCUGUCCAAAUUGAGUUUACUUUUGUCUCCGCUGCUCACCGAUGUUACCAUGGGAGAAUGACGGUCGCCUCAGAAAGAUACGCCAUAUACGCAGCCACAUCCGCAAUCAGAAGGAUGAGAUGA